AUGGCCUACUACGAUUCUAUUCAGAACGAGAGCAGCUACCAGGCGGCUGCAUCAUCUCGUCAAGCCCAGAGUUUCGAGGCGCUUCAGGGUUCGGCUCACGAGGAGACUGCCGCGUAUCACUGGGGUGCCGACCACCUCUUCGCUUUGCGGGUCAUAUGCAAACCCCCAAACGCAGUUCUUCCUCUCCUCCAAAGCGAAAUCUCACGUGUCAAGGCAGUCAAGGAUGAGUGGCACGAUAUCAUCAACGAGUUGAUUCAGGGUCCCAGAGAGAGCAACGCAACUCUAGGCCAGAUGUGGGAGGGCAAGAUACUUCGCUCCUAUCAAAAUUCCGUGAUUGGACACAUCUGGGGUCAUUUGGCGUCUACCCUGAAAUUGCAAGCUCCCAACGACGGCCUAAUCCCAGCAGGCUUACGCCCAAACCCUCAAACCGACUGCAUCAUCUAUCACGAGCAUGUAGAAGAGCCACUCGUUGCGGAGUACACGGCCGUCUUUGCAAAGGCUCUAAUCCAAACCAUCAUUGCCUUUGGUCAAUCACUGGAUGAAAAACCCUCCAUCGACUUGCGUAAUAACAGGCGUAUACACUAG